AUGUCUCGCGACCAGCGUCUGUCUUCCUACACGGCGUUAGGAGAACUCAGGACCGCCUUAACACAGGGGCUCGCGGGCCCGGGUCCAGGGCCCCGUGAUGAUGGGGGGGCCCUAAAAAGUCAAAUGCUUAUAUGCAAUUCAAAUUCUGUGAAUGGAAAUCAAAAUGUUACCGAAGCUACAGAUUGCGCCAUCUAG